UUAUAUUUUACUUUCUACACUGAUAAGAGACGGAUACACAACCCGGUGUGAUAAAAACACAGGUUUUAUAAUGCGUAGAUGUUUUGUGAACUCGGAAUUUUAACUAUCCAUUUACAGGGAUUGUGUUAAAUUCGUGCCUUCUUACAUAUUAUAAGGCCUACGCCUAGUAGGAUCUAGAUAUCUAAAUAUAAUUACUAAGUACUCAAUCGCAUUUAAAACUAAACAGUGGAGUCUCAACACAUUUCUUUAAAUAUUUGGUAAUAACAUUUUGAGAAAAAACUAAAUAUUUAAAAAAAGACAGGUUAAAAUAUUCAUCAUGCCUCCCAUUAUCAGCACCCUCUUGACCAGCUUCACAAAUAUAGCGCUCAGAAGUCGAGUCCGGGACGAUGAUGUGAUCGACCAGCUGAACCAUUGGGCCACGGUUGGGCUGCUGUUUGCCCUGGCUAUGGGCACUGGUGCUAAACAGUAUGUUGGUGAUCCCAUCCAUUGUUGGGUACCAGCAGUGUACUCAAAGAAACAUUACCAACAAUAUUCAGACAGCUAUUGUUGGAUACAUCCCAUGUACAACGUUCCAUUUGAAGACCAAUUACCAUAUGAUGAACAAGACAGAUGGUACAAUGACUUAGGCUACUACAGAUGGGUGUUCAUUGUGUUCCUGAUUCAAGCCUUCCUGUUUUAUUUCCCGUAUAUGGUCUGGCAGCAAAUGAAAAACUACUCGGGGCUAAAUGUUACAAAAAUUGUCGGUAUGGCCCUAGACACAUCCAUGUUGACGCAGGAUAAGAGAGAUGAGAAAAUGGGCCACAUUGCGCAUUUCAUGGACAGGUGGCUGUUGACUUACUCGCAGUACAAGUACAACGCUCUAACAAACUUCCGAGACAAGUGUUCUCGUGUUAUGUUUUGUUUUGGUAAGAGAUCUGGCACGUACCUAAGCGGAUUGUACAUGUUCAUCAAACUUUUGUACUUCGCGAAUGUGAUCGGUCAGUUUUUCUUACUCUCGUCGUUUCUGGAUAUCAAUUUCUGGACAUUCGGGAUCAAGGCAAUGGAAACCUUCGGCAAGAAAGGGAGAUGGCAGGACCAUCAUACGUUCCCUCGAGUUGGGUUCUGCGAUUACAAAAUCCGUCAACUGUACAACCUCCAGACCUUCACGGUCCAGUGUGUUCUGUCAAUUAAUUUGUUCCUAGAGAAGAUGUACCUCAUCUUCUGGUUCUGGUUGGUUAUUCUUCUUGCCUUCAACACAGUCAACCUCAUUCAGUGGAUACUUCGCAGCAUUGUCCCAAGCAUUGGCGGAAACUUCCUCUCCAAGUAUAGCAUACUUCUCAAGCUGAACACUGCCAGUGAGAAAAAAUUAUUCCGGAAAUUUGUCGGGCAGUAUCUCAAAACGGACGGGGUGUUUGUGAUGAGAAUUGUUUCGGCCAACAUUGGGGACAUGUUGACGCUGGACUUGGUCAACCAUUUGUGGAAACAGUACAAAGAUAAAUACACCUUAAAAGAUGACGUGGCUGCUAGCCCGGGGCGUAAUGGUGGACUGGCCAGUCCUAGUGCACCUGAUAUUGAUGAUGACACUAUCCCACCUAAAAAGGUUGAUUAAGUUAAUGAACUCUUAAUAGCUUACUAGCAGUCCCACCAGAGAAAAUAAAUUAAAAAACGCACACCCAGUAGCUAAACGUAGAUUUUUACACCAUUUUCCUUAAGUUAUGUAAUAACUUACUUUCAGACAUAAGUAAGAUAGUUAAUUUAAUUAUUUAUAUCUUUUAUGAAGUAUAUUACACUGCAAGGUUAUAUUACAUUUAUCAAGUAGUUAUUUAUCACUAGAUCCCAUGGUAUCAUACUAUAACUAAAGUUAUUGUAACUCUCUAAUUGUAGAAUUAACAAAACAUAUUAGAUGAUGAUUUCACAUAAACCAUCAAGACUCAAAUCACAGGGUUAUUUUCUUACUGUGACAGAAACAACCAGCAUAAAAUAUUUUUAACUCUUUGCUUUGGUUGCAUCUCAUCAUCAUCUUUUCCCUUUUGUUACCAAUGACACAUGGGACCACAACAGAAAUCUCUUUCCACUUUUGCCAGUCUCUGGCAAUUUUGUUUGUCAGUCCCCCAAGAUGGUGGUAGCAUCCAAUCUGGCUGCAGUGAUUGUAUUUUACACAUAUCAAAACAUCCUCCAAUUUUUUAAAUGUUUUCUGUGGUAAACACUUCUUAUACUAUGCAUCAAAGGCAGGUCUAAGUAGCACAAAACUGUAAAAUAGUAAAAAAAAAAAAAAAAAAAAAAAAAAAUGAAA